AUGAAAUUCGCUAUUGUCAUCUCCACUAUCCUUUUUGGAGCUGUCCCCGCACUCGCAGGCACGAGAGUGUGGUGUGAAUGGGCAGACUUUGCCAAGGUCGAAGGAAAAUGCAUUGACUCUGCUUAUAACCUUCCUGUUGUUGACAUUGGAACCUGUUGUGUAGUAACUACUGUGGAGGAAGUGAAAUUCAAAUCGAUCUGUAAAGAACUCAACUCCAAUUUCAAUUCAGGUGGAUACUGCAAGGGCAAUGGUGAGUAG